AUUCAAACGCUACCCAGGAAGAAAAACUCCGGUCUGUUUUCUGGAUGCUGUUUUACAAAUUAUAACGAGACGCAGCAAAGCCACAUCGGAUUUUAGACAUUUCGAGGUACGUUUAGUGGACCAACUAAAAUGAGUGCAGCCUCCACACCCGCCUCCCAUAUACGUUCAGGAUGGACGUCGUCCUCAUUUAAGAACAAGGGUCUGUCCCCUGCAGCCUGCAGCACUCCACUGCUGGCAGCCUUUCCCGGCAAUGAUGAUGAGCAGGAACGACGUCAGCGCCGAAGGUCAAGAGUCAUUGACCUUCAGGCUGCCACUGACUCCUCCUUUAAUGACUCUGCAGCUCAUAGUGUCUCGGGGACACCUGCUGCCGUGCCCAAGCUGUCAAAUGCACAGAUCUCAGAGCAUUACUCCACCUGCAUAAAACUCUCCACUGAGAAUAAAAUCACCACGAAAAAUGCCUUUGGUCUGCAUCUGAUUGAUUACAUGGCUGAUAUUCUCAAACAGAAGGAUUCUGAGCUCACAAACUUCAAGGUGGCAGCUGGCACUUUAGAUGCCAGUACAAAGAUCUAUGCUGUGAGGGUGGAUGCUGUUCAUGCUGACGCUUACAGAGUGCUGGGUGGCCUGGGGGCAGAGACCAAACCUGGAGAAGACCACGGUGUGGGGGAAGACGGAGAUAAUGAUGGGGUUGCAGCAAGUGAAGUGACUGCCAAACAGCCGAAGAAAAAGAGACCUCCUAAGAAGACAGUAGAGCAGAACCUGAGCAACAUCAAUAGUGCAGAGUCUGAGAGGAAGUGUGAGGUGGACCCCAUGUUUCAGCGGAUGGCCUCAUCUUUUGAUGAGAGCAGCACGGCCGGCGUCUUCCUGUCAGUUCUCUUCAGCGAGAACAGUCGCUGCGAGCUGCUGUUUCCCUCCUACAUGACCCUCCUGCAGUCCAGACCCUCGUACUCUCCUCCACCUCCACAGGGAGUCCCUGCAUCCCCAUUCAUGGCCGGACUGCAACGCUCCCAGGAGAAAAGCGCCAUCUGCCCCUCACUGCAGGACUUCUCCUUCACUAGCUGGAACCCUGAGCAGACCAUGAAUCAGCUUUUGGAGAAGAUGAAGCAAGGCGAAUUCGUGUAUGAUGUGAACGCUGAGCCCGAGCCUGAGCCUGAAGAAGAUGACUGCCCUGACUUUGACGCUGACUAUGAGGAGGGACUGGGUGACUGUGAGGAGAAAAACAAGGAAUACAAGGAGGGUUGUGAGGCCUCUGGUUCUGGCAAAGGAAGAGAUGUGAUUCCAAUCGGAGAAGGAGACAUCACCACCAUGUGUCUACAGCUGUCCUCUCAGCCCAGGGAGUACUCAUACUUCAGCCCCAGGACCAUGGCCACAUGGGCUGGACCCAGCUACUGGCAGUUCAAGCCAAAGCACAAGUUGGACCAUUUGCCAGACAAGGAGACGCGUAAACGGAAGCCCAAAAAGACCUUUGAAAUAGACUUCAAUGAUGAUGUCAACUUCGACACCUACUUCCGCACCACAAGAGCUGCCACCACUAACACCAAGUCUGCCCUGAGUGCAAGCAAUAAGAAAACAACUCUGCCAGCAGACUUCCAGUUUCCCCCAGAGACUCUGUCCCAGCUCAGCCUCAAACCCUCCAUCUCGUUGAGUCAAGAAGGCCAGAAGAGGCUGUCUGGGGAGCUUGGAGAAGGCAUUGGAGAUUACGACUACAACAACGCCAAUGACACAGCCAACUUCUGUCCAGGGCUUCAGGGGGCAGACAGUGAUGAUGACGUCGAAGGGUAUGCUGGUUCAGACGAUACACAGCCUUCAGGUGACAGUAUACUUCCACCCUCUCAAGCUCUAGAGGGCAUCUCAACCUAUGGGGAGGAGGAUCUGGUCCCUGAACCACACAGGGUCAACAAGAUUGAGAUCAACUAUGCUAAGACGGCAAAGAAAAUGGACAUGAAGCGACUCAAGAACGGCAUGUGGACUCUCCUGACUGAAAGCCCAGAAAAACCCACAGAGGAGGUGGAUACUGUGGAGAAACCACAAGUGUGUGGGGAGAAAGUCUUCAGUCAGACCACAAAGACACUUCUUCAAAGAUUACCAAACACGAUGGCUCAGAAUCUGUCGGUGCCUCUGGCUUUUGUCGCUCUGCUUCAUCUUGCCAAUGAAAAGAAUUUGGAGCUGGUGAAGGUUGAUGACAUGUCAGAUAUCAUCAUCAGACAAGGCCGCUGAGGAGAAAUGAGCAAUGGGAUGUUGUAUGUUUGAGAAUGGCUGCUGUUCUCCUUAUUCAUCUCUUUUACCCUUUACUGUAUAUUAUGUGAUGUUUCUCUGUGACAUGCUCUCAUUUAGAUUUAGUUUUUUUUCUUUUUCAUUUUCUAGCAAAUACAGUAUGAAAUAAGGAACUGUUCAAAGGUCAAAUCUGCCUCUAUUCUUUUAGUAGCGUUUGCCUUUUCCUUUAUUCUGUACUGUCGACGCUUCUCCUGUGUGUAGAUUAUUUAACUGCUCGACCACCGCACAAAUAAUGUAUAUUGUUAAAAGAAAUAAAAGCUUUUCUCUAAAA